AUGGCGGGGAGCGGACACACCGAGCAGCCCUGGAACUCCAGCAGCACGGGGCUUCCUGCGCGCACCACCUCGGUGUCUAUGAUUCAGACUCCUCGCCAUCCUUUUCCCACUGCAGAUGUUCCAGACCAUGCCCACUACACUAUCGGCAUUGUUAUCUUAAUCAUUGGCAUCACUGGCAUGGUGGGCAACUUUCUGGUCAUGUACGCCUUCUGCAAGACCCGAAGUCUAAGAACACCAUCCAACAUGUUCAUUAUUAAUCUGGCCAUAACUGACUUCCUGAUGUGUAUCACUCAGACGCCCAUCUUCUUCAUUACCAGCAUGCACAAGAGGUGGAUCUUUGGAGAGAAAGGCUGUGAGUUGUAUGCAUUUUGUGGCGCUCUCUUUGGGAUGUGCUCUAUGAUCACACUAAUGGUCAUUGCUGUGGAUAGAUAUUUUGUUAUCACUCGCCCCCUGGCCUCCAUCGGCAAGAUGUCACACAAGCGUGCCCUUAUCAUCCUCGUCCUAGCCUGGCUGUACACCUUGUGCUGGAGCCUUCCUCCCUUUUUUGGAUGGAGUGCAUACGUUCCAGAGGGCUUGAUGACCUCCUGUACAUGGGACUAUAUGACGUUUACUCCGUCUGUUCGUGCCUACACAAUGCUGCUCUUCGUCUGUGUCUUCUUUAUCCCUCUGUUUGUCAUUAUGUACUGCUAUUUCUGCAUCUUCCGUGCUAUUCGCAACACCACCAGUGCUGUGAAUAAAAUUAAUGAAGAAGGAAGAAUCACCAAAGACUCAAUCAAAAAGUUCCAUCGAUUGAAGAGUGAAUGGAAGAUGGCAAAGGUGGCUCUCAUAGUCAUUCUGUUGUACGUGAUCUCCUGGUCUCCAUAUUCCUGUGUGGCUCUGACAGCAUUUGCAGGUUACGCUGACUUGCUCACCCCGUAUAUGAACUCUAUUCCUGCUGUGAUUGCCAAGGCUUCGGCUAUCCACAACCCCAUCAUUUAUGCCAUCACACAUCCCAAAUACAGAUCUGCUUUAGCAAGAUAUAUUCCAUGUCUGGGUGCACUACUGUGUGUUCGUCAUGGAGAACGCUUGACUAGCAGCAGUUUUAUGUCCACACGCCGCUCCACUGUGACCAGCCAGGUUUCAGAACCCGGCAACAGCAUGCGUCAAAACAACAGGACUCCCCUGUCCUCAGUGUCUGACAGCGAGUCUGCUUUGACGGACACAGAGAUGGACAUGGCGGGUGCUCUUUCCCGUCAGGUGUCGUAUGAAGGCCGUAAAGAGCUGUCUGACUUUAGGCACUGCAGCUCUCUAAAGGUGAAGGUGAGAGGUCGAGAAUCAGGCAGCAUCAGCAGAAGUCCUGUAGAUGCAGGUCUAAACCUCACCGACUGUGUUUACAUCAGCACUGUGUUAGACAAUGAUGACAUCUCCAUGACUGAGGCUGUCCAAUCCAAUCAUCUGCUCUCUACUCCGUGUGUGAUCUCAGAGCAGGCUGAGCAGAAGAAGCUGGCAGCUCCUAUUCCCUGCAUUGUUGUAACCUCCGAGUCUCAUCCUGCUCUCCUGUCUGAUGGGACCAGUGACCAUGCUUCUUCAUGCCUCCCUGGCAUUUCUCCGGUGUCCUCUGUCAGCAUGGAGCCUCUUGUGAUGGACCAAGUGAGCACUUCUCAGGCCUGCAAUAAUACUGCCAACAUUAUCAUUCCUCAGCAUAGAGUCUGA